CAGUGCUUUAUCAGGAGACUUCCGUUUGGCCUAAAUGCCAGUGGAACAGUUCCCAGGCAGUGCUACUGCUAGUUGCUACAGGGCAGGAGUGGUGACCAUGUCACAGUUUUUUGUGCUAAUAUUUGUAGUGGCGAGCGUUCAUGGAAGCUCUUUGAAGUCCAAAAAUGAAUUUCAUGCGGCGGACGUCGAGGCUUCUAGUCGAGCGAAACGAUUAGUGGAAGUUUCUGAAAAUCAGCUGAGCUACCCCGAGACGGCGUGCGUGGGCGCGGACGGGCGCGCCGGGUUCUGCAAGCCGCUGCGCGCCUGCCCGCGGGCCGAGUUCCGGCAGGACGCGCUCCUCGCCAUGGACCAUCUGUGCGUCAUACCGCCCAUGUCAGUAGGGGUGUGCUGCCCCGAGGCACAGACGCUGGCGGGCGACCUGCCGGCCACCGCGCCGCGCGAGGCAGACGGCGAGGCACUCACCAGGAUCUCCACUGCUGAGAGUAGAGGUUGCGGAGUGAGCACGCGCGCGUCCACGCGAGUGGUGGGCGCUCGUCCCACCAGCGUGCGCGAGUGGCCGUGGAUGGCGUCGGUCACGCCGGAGGGCUAUGAGCAGUACUGCGGCGGCGUGCUCAUCACCGACCGCCACGUGCUCACCGCUGCGCACUGCACUAGGAGAUGGAAAGCCGACGAGCUCUUCGUCCGUCUCGGUGAAUACGACCUCGACCGCUCCGACGACACUCGCACCUACAACUUCAGGGUCGUGGAGAUCCGCCAGCACGCGGAGUUCGACCCUUCCAACUACCACCACGACGUGGCCAUACUCAAGCUACAUAGACCGGCUACGUUCAACUCUUAUGUGUGGCCGAUCUGCCUGCCGCCGCCAGGCGUGGAUCUGGUUAAUGAGACUGCGUUUAUUAUUGGUUGGGGCACGCAGUUCUUCGGCGGCCCGCACAGCCACGUGCUGAUGGAGGUGCCGGUGCCGGUGUGGGAGCACCAGCACUGCGUCACCAGCUUCGUGGACUCCAUCUUUGAGGAGUCGCUGUGUGCCGGGGCUUACGAGGGCGGGAGAGAUGCGUGUCAGGGUGACAGCGGCGGCCCCCUAAUGCACCAACUCCCAAGCGGGCGCUGGACAGUAGUAGGCGUAGUGUCGUGGGGCGUGCGCUGCGGGGAGCCACAGCACCCCGGCAUCUACGCGAGGGUCGAGAGUUAUCUGAACUGGAUUGUACAGAACGCCAGGUUUUGAACGCGGAGAUGGUACAUAAAUGGAGAGUUGAUAAGGUG